AGCUUGAUACUGGUGUGGAAAAGAUGGCUGCUUCGGCGGCAACGGCGAGUUCUUCCCCCGGUUUGUGUCCAAAUUACGCCGUGAUUUGCUCUUUCUUGGAGCGGUACGGAGCAUUGCUAGACUUACCGGAGCUCACCUUUCCCCAGCUGGAGAGAUAUCUGCAGGACACAUCCUCAGUUCCAAAGCUGCUGGUCGAUCUUCACGUCAAGUUGCUGAGGAAGAUCGGCAAGUCGGUGUCUGCGGACCGAUGGGAGAAGUAUCUAGUCAAGGUAUGUCAGGAGUUCAACACGACGUGGGCAUGGGAGCUGGAACAGAAAGGAUACAAGGAGAUGACGAUGGAGUGCAAGACGGGGAUACUUAAGUAUUUGUGCGAGGUUCAGUUUGAUGAAAACGUGAAGUUCAAAACCGCCAUCAAUGACGAGGACCCGGAUAAGAUGCGCCUGCAGCCGAUCGGCCGGGACAAGGACGGACAGAUGUACUGGUUCCAGCUGGACCAGGACGACAACGUGCGCGUCUACGUGGAGGAGCAGGACGACCUGGACGGGCUGUCGUGGAAAUGCAUCGUCAAGACUAGAAAUGACCUGGCUGAGGUUGUCGCUCUGCUGAAGACGCAAAUUGAUCCUGAGCUGCUGAAAAGAGAUCAAGAAAACAAACCUGAUGUGGAAGGAGGUGACCCUAAGAAGACUGAUGACACGUCAGAUGAGGACAGCAAAGACUCCAGUAAAGCAGCUCAUCCGGCGUCACCGAAGACCGAGAACAACAAGAAAGUGACGCAGAACGACAGCCUGAAACCAGACGCCUCCGAGACCAAAUCACCGCUGAACGGCGUCAUCGAAAGCAAAACGGAUGCAGAGCUGGACUCGGAAAGUAUCAGCGCAAAAGCACAGAACAUCAAAGAGGAGCCGAUGGAGAUUUCGGACGCUAAAUUAAACGCAAGCGAGGCCACGCCGGGAUCUGAAACGCCGCGAAUAUCGUUAAAGGCGGAAAAAGAAGAGGAGGCUAAGAAGAGCAGUACGGAGGAGACACAGCAGGCCAUGAAGAACGAGCAGCAGGCCAAAAUCCCCCUGAAGAAACGGGGAAUGAAGUUUAGCGAAGACUUUGAAAGAAAUAGUGCCAUUAUAGUGCAAAACCCUCCCGUUUCAACUCUGAAGGAGGCUCCCAAAGCCGAACCGGCUCCCGAUCAGACAAAGAAAGCUGUAAACGAUCACAUAAACGGCGAAGUUCAGACUCAGGCGGAAAAGGGGUCGUUACAAGACGCCGGCGCCGCCGAGAAAGAGACGACGACGACAAAAGCGCCUGUAGACGGCAGAGAAAACGACACUCCAGCAGCAGCAGCAGCAGCAGCAACAGCAAAGGAAGAGGACGCCACGGAAAACAAAAAGGGCUGCAGUGAGAAGGACGCAGAGGGAGCUGUAACACAAGCAGAGCCGGAGAAGAAAGAGUCGCCGUUAGAAGAGGAAACGGAAAAGAAAGAGGAGUCUCCGCCACCACCAGCGGAGAAGACACCUUCACCAAAAGACACGAGUAAUGCACUAGAGAAAUCCUCUAAUCAUGAAGUGGAGGAAAAGUCAGAAGAGUCCACACCAGCAAAAGCAGAGGACAUGUCCACGGCGAAGACGUUACAGGAAAGUAAUGAAACAUCAACAGCCGGUGAGUCGGGGAACGACAGUUUAAAACAAAACGAAGUCACAUCCAAAGAAGCUGAAUCAAAACAUUCAGAAAAAUCUGGGGAAAACCCAGAACGUGUAGACACGGACACGUCCGACUCCAGCCAGACGAGGGAAGGAAACACGUCUGAAGACGUAAAACAAACGAACGACGCUAAAGAAACGGAAACAUCUGAGUCUAAUCUGGAGAAAUCGGACGACUCUGCAGUGGAGGAGAAACAACAAAGUGUUAAAACAACAGAACCUGCAGACAAAGAUCCUCCAGAGAAAGACUCUGAAAAUGCUGCGUCCCCUCCGUCCGCCACUAAAAAGGCAGAGGAGCCAUUAAUCUCUGAGAAAACGGAAGAAACGAGCGACGCCGUGUUGGCGACCGCGGAGCCUCCUGUGGUUCAAACGGACAAAUCUGAGUCGGGGGAACCUCCCAGGGAGCGUGAUAAAGACGCUAAGAUGACUCCUGAGAGCGUCGAUGCAGGCGGCGAGACAAAGACAGAUGACAAAGAGAAGGACUGUGCUGCCACGAUAAGCGAAACCACAUCUGAGUCCGUGGCUGCAGAAGCAUCAGGCGUCAAACGCGAUCUGACAAAGCAACAAGAGGACGACAAAACUGAGGCGAUCUCAGCUGCACACGAGACGACGGAGGAAGCGACACCUGAGGGGAGCGAUAAACCAUCCAGCCCGGCUGAGAGGACGAACGUCUCUGAGGAAACCGAUAAAAAACCCGAGCGACAGGAGACGGAGCAAGACAAAGUGUCUGAGGAGGAGUCGGGAAAACCUGAGGCCGAGCUUCCAUCAUCAGAAAACGUCCCCGACAAAGAGAGUGAAAAGGACACGGAGAAGGAGCUUCCAAACAACAAAGAGGAUAAAACUGAUUUGACGACGGAUGAAGUCUCAAAAACUGAAGAAACUAAAGAGGAGGAACCAGUUCAGAAAGAAAAGGAAGGAUCUGGAAAUCAAAGCACGAGCAAAGAACCUGAAGCUGAAUCCUCGACCGAAACGGAAAAAGCGUUGAGCAAAGAACCUGAGGCUGAAUCCUCGACCGAAAAAGAAAAAGCGUCGAGCAAAGAACCUGAGAAGGAGGUGGCGAACGGCGAGGGCGAAGCUGCGGCCGACGUCCAGAAGGAAGGCGUCCGUUGGAAGCACAAGGCUCCGGCCCAUCGCAGGAAGGCCGAGCUCCAGAGGGACGAGCGACAGGGAGACUCCGAGUCGGACUCGAACACGGGGAUGUCUCUGCGGAGAUCGCCGAGGAUCUCGAGGCCGACGAUGAAGGCCGUCGAGAUCCAAGACAAGAAGACGGAGAAGUCGCAGGCCCCUCCGACGCCUCAGAAGGACGACAAGGAAGAGAAGGAAAAAGAGGGGGAGGAGGAGGAGGAAGAGGAGGAGGUAAAGACUGUGCAAAAGAAGCCAAGAGAGAAAAAGGAGGAGCAGGAGGGACAGACCAAACCCAAGGGGAGGAAGAGGCGGAAGGUCCGGUGGUCCAACACGCGGACGCGGCGCAAAAAGAAAGAUUCGGAGGACGAGGAGGAGAACAGCGACGAGGAGUCGAGCGACGACGAGGAGACGGAGGAGGAGGACGACAGCGACGAGGACUACAAGGUGGAGAGAAGCAGGAAGAGGCGGAACCGGAACAGGGAGCGGCGGAGCUCGGACUCCUCCACGUCCUCCGACGACGAUCUACCUCCAAACGAUGACCCAUGCAAACACUGUGGUCUUCCAAAUCACCCCGAGCUGAUCUUACUGUGUGAUUCGUGUGACAGCGGCUACCACACAGCCUGUCUGAGGCCUCCUCUCAUGAUCAUCCCCGACGGAGAGUGGUUCUGUCCGCCCUGCCAGCAUAAGCAGCUCUGCGACAAACUAGAAGAGCAGCUCACAAACCUCGACGCCGCUUUGAAGAAGAAGGAACGAGCCGAGAGGAGGAAAGAGCGUUUAAUUUAUGUCGGAAUCAGCCUGGAGAACAUCAUCACGCCGUCCGUGGAGGUGCCGGAGGAAAAGCCGGAGAUCGUCAUCAAAGAGAAGAAGGAAACGAAGCGGAGUAAGAGUUGGGGCCGGCGGUCGACGAGGGCGAAGAAAACCAUCAGCUACAGAUUCGAUGAAUUCGACGAGGCGAUCGAGGAGGCGAUAGAGGAAGACAUCAAAGAGGCAGAAGGAGGAGGAGCCGGUCGAGGUAAAGACAUGGCCAACAUCACCGGCCACAGAGGGAAGGAUAUUUCCACCAUCCUCCAGGCGGAGGAGGGGAAGGAGAACGGCCGGCCGCCGCGGCCCAGCCUCGGGCAGCGCAGGAAAAAACGCAGACGCCUCAACGACCUGGACAGCGACAGCACGGUGGACGAAGAGGAAAGCGAGGAGGAGUUCCGCCUCAGUGAAAGCUCGGAGGAGGAGUUCGUCGUGACGGACAACGAAUCGGGAGCAGAAAGCGAGGCGGGCUCCAACGACAGCGACUUCGCCGGCAGCGGCAGGAACCACAGUUCCUCGCGGAGCAGGAAACCUCCGACGCGCCGACGGAGCUCCAGGAAGCGGCGGAGACCGAGGGGGUACUCGGACGACGAGGAGGAGGAAGAGACGGACGAGGAAGAGGAAGAGGAUGAAAUAGCGACCGAAGGCUCCAGCGAGUUCAGCGACAGUGAUCUGGACGUGAGUCGGCGGCGGUCUCGGCGGAGCCUGAAGAAGCAGGUGAACUACUGCGAGACGUCCGAGUCCGAGGGCUCUCAGGCGGGAACCAACCGGGCCAAAGUAAAACCCAGACGCUUCCAGGACAGUUCAGACAGCGACACGAGUUUCUCCAGAGAGUCUGAAGAGGAGACGAGGGAUCAGAGGUUCAAAAGGAAAGCCGAUUCCUCGGAGGAAGAUUCCCGGCAGCGGCGCAGACGCCUCGCACUGAAGCGCAGGAGAGCGUCGGAAGAGGACGACUCGGACGACGACUCGGACGAAUCCUCCGAGGAGGACCGGCCCGUCCGCAAACGGGUGAACCGCAUUGACUCGGACGAUGACGACGAGGAGCAGCAGGAGGAGAAACCGAAGGAGAAGAAGGCCGAGGAGGAGUCAAAGGGAACGAACCCGUCGGACUGCAAUGUGGCGGAGCUGCCGCCCACGAACGGACAGAGCCCGGUAAAGACCGUCGAAGGCCUCGUGGGCCGACCCCCUGCCUCCGCCGCUCCAAGCCUCAUCCCGCAACUGGAGCCCCCCAAAAACGCCAGCGCCACACCCGCUGUUGCCAUAGCGCCGAACGGCCUGGUCGGUCAGGACGCGGCGGCGGCGCAAGACGACGACGAAGACGAUCUGUUCGGAGUCACAGACCUAGUGGACUACGUCUGCAAUAAUGAGGACUUGUAAAAACAAAUAUGGUGUACUGUUUCUUUUUUUUUUUUUUUGUGGUAUUGUAUUUUUAUAUCGCUUAACUUUAUUAUUCCCUCCCCUGCCAACACUUUCUUUGUCGUCCUUUAUACUCACCCGGAGCUCGAGUCUCUGCUGCCACUAGUCUGAUUCUGUCCCCGUGGGAUUGUCUAAACAAUAAGGGCACCGACAUAUAAUUUCCUCACGUGUCUGGUAACGAUCAGUUUACCUGCAAACCAUCGUCCAGCUCCACUGCCAAACCACCUUUCACAGCAUUUCACUCUACCCACCUCCACGUCAGGAAAUGUUUUAGUUUGGAAGAUUUUAAGGCUGUGUGUUUUAAACAUCAUUCCGUGAUUGAAAUAAUAACAUCCGUUAGUUUCACAUGCUGGAGGGCAGAACAGAUUACGCCGCUCUCAUGUCUUUACUGUAAAUAUAAAGCUGCGGCUUCUCAGCUUAGCUUAGCUUAGCACGGUCGCCUAGCAUCUCUUUAACGUGCACUAUUUUUUAACCUUCAGUGAAGUUAUUAGGCCAAAUAUAUUAAUGAAUUAAUGAAAUGUUAAACUGAUUAUGAUAUUUUAAUCGUGAUACAUUCACCUGUCAUUACUUAUCGCACACAAAUUAAUAUUUGUUUGUUACAUAAUGAGCUUUGGGGGUGAAUUUAUUUCCCAUUUCCACUGUUCUUCCUAUGCUAAGCUAACAUUCUGCUGGCUGUUAAUCGUAAAGAUGUGAGAACUUUACUUUAAACUGUUCUGCCUUUGUUUUGUUUUUGUUUGUUUUUUUUUUUUUUUUCCUGUUACUUGUGACAGCUAUAGAUGAGACUAUUUAUUCUUUUGGAUGACCAGGAGUUGCUUAAAUCACGCAUUUGAUAAGCUAACCUUCCGCACACCUCAGCCGGGGAUAUAGCUGGUGUUGUAAAUGGGAAAAAAAAUAAUAAUAAUAAAAACGUUAUUUCUCCAUAAAUAAACCAUGAGCGGGUGUUUUCAACCCCUUACAUCGUAUGAAGGUGUGAAUGUAUAUAUGUCAGGUUUCCCCAUUUUUUAAAAAAAAAAGUAAUAAUAAUAAUAGAGUAGUUUUUUGUAUAUUGUAUACAUAUAAUUAUUUUAACUACAUUAAACCAUCGGCAUCAGUGGUGAACUCCCUGGUGAAUCAGAAUGAGAUCUUGUCCCUCCUAAUCAUACGUUCUAGUCUAGCAUCUUUUUUUUUUUUUUUUUAUUAUUAUUACAUCUACAUUACUCUGUGAUUUUGUUUUAAAUAAUGAUGUAUUUUUUUUUUUUUUUGUAUAUCUAAACCUUUAUUUGUUGUCGUCUUCAAGCGAAAAAUGUAAAGUGUCUUAUUGUCUUUGUACAUUGUUCUUCAUAGAGGGUUCAAAAAAACCCGCGGACCGUUUUUUAUUGACUAAAAUAACACUCGGCUCCAAAAUAAACUUUUUUUUUUAAUUUUUUUUUUUUUUAUAUCUGUUAUCCCCGUUCCCCCGUUUCUGUUCUGUAUUUUCAUAAUCUUGAGCAGACGUUCGGGUCCCGACCUAAAGCGCGGCUCAAGAUUGUGAAAAAUCAAUAAAGUGUAAUAUUUGUUUUGAA